AUGGCGGCGGUGGAGCGAUGCGACGACGGCGCCGGCGGCGUCGGCGUCUUCGCGACGCCGCCGCCGUCGCCGUCGCCCCCGGGGGAGAACGCGCGCGCGCUCUCGGUGGGGACGCCGUCCGCGCGCGACGCCGCCGCGACCGCGACGACGUCCCCGGCCGCCGCGUCCCCGCGAGCGCGCACGGUGAAGUUCUCGAGACACGUCCACGGUGCGUCCGCGAUCGUCCUCGCGAGCGAAGGAGAAAGCGCGCGGGGACCUCCCCGCGCGCCUCCGUCGCUCUCGAAAGGUCUCGAAACGUCGCGCCGCCGGCGCGCGCGCGGUCGAAGACCUGACCGAAGAAGACCUCCGAAUCAUAAAACAAGAAUAAAACUCGUCGCCGAGACCGCGCGCGUCCCUCCCUCUCCGCCCGCAGGGUUCCGCUUCACGAAAGCCGAGCGCGCGCUGCUCGUGAGCGUCUUCGACAAGUACCACGGCGACACCCCCGGCCGCGACACCUGCGCGGCGAUCGCGCGCGCGUUCAGUGACUCCCCGGUGAGGAACCCCGAGCGUCGCGACCGCCGAGCGUGCGAACGCCGCCGCGACCGCAGCCGGGUCUCUCCUCUCUCCGUCUCUCCGUCGUCGUCUCUCCUCUCUCCGUCAGCCUUAUAUCAAACGCCGACGCCCACGACGCCCGCGAUGCCCGCGACGCCGGCGACGCCGGCGACGCCGACGCCGACGCCCGUGAGCAGCUUCACGACGUCGCCGAUCGCGACCCCGCGGGGGGACGAUUUUUUUCUCUCGCAGCGUCGCGCGCGACGCGAGGACCGAGCCGCGGAGGAGAAACGACGACGACGGCACAGCCACGACCACCCGAACGCGCACCUCCCCGGGACGAUAUCCGACGCGGCGCUGCUCGACGCGGACGCGCCGAUGUUCCCAUCGCUGAUGUGGAACAAGCUCGAGACCGAGGUCGACUUGACCGACUUGUCCGACGACGACGACGACGACGACGGCGGCGGCGGCGGCGGCGGCGGCUGGGGGGAAUUUUCCGGCGGCUCGGGCUCGCGGAUAGCGCGCGGGUCGUCCGAGUGGGAGGACGAGUGGUUCGUCGGCGCCGGCGACGUCGCUCUGGGUCUGAACGAAGACGAGAUCGAGAAGCUCCUCGCGUCGGCGCCGACACCCGCGGAGCAGGACCACGAGCGCGAGCGGGACGACGGCGGCGCCGACGUGAAGCGCUCUCUCUCGUUGCCCUCGAUGCCGCUGCUGUUGACGCCGCCCGCGGCGGUCGUCGCGGCGAAGCGCGCGGCGAGAGCGGAUCUCGAGGAGUGGCAGCCCGCGGGGACGAGUCUGUACAUCGGCAUGAUCGCGCACGCGGGUUCGCCGUCGCACACGCGCCGACAGUCGUCGCCGUCGCCGCCGCCGCCGCCGCCCGCGGAGGCGCCGGAGAUUCCCUACCUCCCGGAGCCCGGGAAACUGCUCGCGUCCGAGGACCACGCCGCCGCUUCGAUCCUCGCCGCGGACCGGAGCGGCGACGUCGUCGCCGCGGUCGAGGUGGAGAGCACCGACGAUUGGGUCGCCGCCGCGGUGCGCGUCGAGCCCGCGAAGGAGCGGAUCAGGUGCGUCCUAUACACUGGUCCCCAUACGACCGCGUCGGCGUGGUGA